AGAAAGUAUGUCAAAAAAGUAGCGAAGGUACAACGUGUAGAGAAUAGUCAGUCUGAGAAAAACUGUCCUUUGCAUUUGCAGCGUUAAAGAUCGGUCUCAGUAAUAAAAUUAUUUGUAGAGUUUGCAAUUUCCUGAAAAUAGUGACCUCUGAUAAAGUUCACAACAGUUCAAUAAUUGGUAGUGGCGCAUAUCAGUGUCUUUGACGAAGCCAUGAUUAAUAUAGCUGGUGGUGCAGUGAUUUCUUCGUUUGCGGUGUAUUUGUUAUUAAGAUACAGGACUAGAAUGACGUCCCUUUUGACAUGGAUUAUUGGAAAUAUUAGAUCUCAACAAGCUGUCAGCAGUACAUCACAAGAAGAAGAGAAAUCUGACAAAUCCAGCAGCAAUAAACCCAAGCAACAGUUUAAAGGUGGCAAAGUUCGACAGAGGCCUAAAAAACUUAACGAAGAUCCCACAUUUAGUACAAGUUUAUCAACCCCCAUUGAAGAUAUAAUAGAGGAAACAAUCAAUGAAGAAGCAGUAGCAGUUAAUAAGAAAAAAGGAAAAUCAUCCAAAAAGCAAACUGAAGAAUUGCCAGUGAAAAAGGAAAAACCCACAAAAGAUCUAGAUGAUGACAUAGGUUAUUCAUUUUUCAAAGUUAAAACUGUUUCCAAAGGAAAUCCAGAAGCCAAGCCUAAGAAACAAGUUUCUGUUGACCUAAAUGAAGAUAACACAGCAGAUGAUAUAGGUUUCUCAUUUUUACCUGUCAAAGAAAAAGGCAAAAAAUAUAAAUCUAAGAGUAAUCCAGAAAAUAAAGACCAAGAACUGACUUUAAACGCAGUGGUAGAUCAGACACUGAGGAAAGCUAAAUAUGAUACAUCAAAGCCGUCAAUAAUAGAACAUUACAAAAAGAGAACAACUGACAAAGCUUUUUCCAAAAAGGCUGCAACAAAAUUUGAAAGUCCUUCAGUAUCUACAAUCGUAGAAAAGAGAUUGUUGUAUGAAAGCAAACUUAAAAGUGAAACUAAGGAGAGCAAAAAAGUUACAUCUUCUAUUUCCUUUGCUAGCAUAGUCAGUAAUGCUACUGACGCCCCUUCAGGUUCUGAUAUUGAACAAAAUUCCCAGUUACUAAAUGGACCUAAGCCUGAUAUUCAACAGCAUAUCUUUGAGUCUUUAGAGUCAGUAAAAUCUAGUGCUGAGUCCGUAGAAGUAAUUGAUGAUAGCAAUUCUGAAUAUCAAAACAGUCAAUCCACCAAUUUUGAGACAAUCAAAGAAAAAUUAAAUACUUUACUCGAUGAGGAUUCUGAUUUUAAUCAAACUCAAAUAGAGCAAUCAAAUGUAUAUGAAAUAGAUCAAUCUUCAAAGCAUUCUUCUGUAUAUAUUGUAGGAAGUAACGAGGUAUUGGAAGAAUCAUCCUCCACACAAGAUUCUUAUAUUGGUCAUACAGGUUUUGAACAAGAACCUGAACAAACAUUCAGUCAGAAAACUCUAGAAGCUUCUAUAGACAACAGAUUUAUAACAGAUGCCAGUAUAUUAGAAAAAAGUACAUCCACUGAAGCUUUUCUUAGUUUUGAAAGACAUAUCGAAUCACAAGAUCUAACACACAGUCUUGAAUCCAGUAAUUAUUAUCAAAAUAAUUAUUCACAGUUAAAUUUUGACAAUCAACUUCAAAACUCUUCAGAAAGCCAUAUUUCUGAUUACAGCUAUUCCCAAAAUCAACAGUCCCUAAGCUCAAGCGACUUUUCUAGAGACUACAAUUCUACAGACCAUUCCUUUACAGAACUAGUUGACAAUUGUGCUAUUGCAGAAACCUAUCAAACAGAUACUAAUUAUUUUCAGUCCAAUAGUGAACUGUCCCAGCAAUUUGAAAGAGUUGUUAGUAAUCAGUUUAUCUCUACAGAAAGUUUUCAUUCAACUUCACAAUCAUCAUUUCAAGAGUUGGUGUAUGAAAAUCAGAAUUUGGUGACUGAAAAUAAUUUGGAGAGCAGUGAAUAUAUCGAAAAUUCAACCAAAGAAUCCAUACCAGAACCAGAGGAACAAACCUCUCCCCAGUUUAUCGAGGCUCCAUGCAGACAAGAACCCGGUGUUGAACAGAAAAUUUCUUGUACGGAAAAUCCGACUUAUUCCAGUACUAGUGACUCUGAGGCUACCAGUGAAAAUACGUCACCAUACAAAGUUCAUCAAACAGAAUCUUCUUCUGUAGGAUUCAAAAAAGUUGUUUCAGAAGAAAAACAAGAAACUACUUAUUCACGCCGCAGCCAAGAAGAUUCUAAAGAAAACCGUACAUUCUUGGUAAAUGAACAAAAUCAAGUUGUAGAUGAAUAUUCGUUAAAAUCUGAAGAACAAGAUCGACAAGAAGCUCAAAUAGACGAUUAUUCAAAUCAACAAGAAAUUAAAGAAGAAAACCAAGUAGAAGAACAGUCUUUAACGUCUGAAGAAGAAGAUUAUCAAGAGAGUAAAGAAUACGAAUUUGUUAAUGUUCCAACAGAAUCAGAAGAACAGGAAGAAUUAGCAGAAGAAAAUAGACAUAGUCUGUCUUCCAAUCAUCUCAAAAAAGAAACUAAAGUUGAAGAAGAGUUUGCUUAUUCAUCUGCCAAGGAAGAUAGCCAAGUUAUAGAAACAGAAGUUGUUGAAAACGGAACUGACUUUACUACAACCGAACAGUUUGCGCAAAUAACUACAACUAAAGUUGAAGAAGAGGUUUAUGCAUCUGAUAAGGACCAAAGGCAAAUUAUAGAAGAAGAAAGUGUUCAAAACGAAGAUAAUUUAAUUAAAACUAAGCAGUUUAAUCAAGCAACUACAAGCGAAGAACAUCAUCGAGUUACAGAAAAGGAAACAUUAAUUGAGCAGCAGAAUUACUUUUUAGAGGAAGAACGAAAGUUACCGUCUGUGCAAAACCAACUUGAAGAGUAUAGUGAAUACGAAGAGGACAUAGGAAUAGAAUACAACAAUAUCAUGUCGGAAAAAGCUCAACAGGUCCGAGUUUUAACUCUAAACGAUCACGAACACCAGGAAUGUACUCUCUACAGAAUAGAGAAGAACUGGGUGAUACAGUUCCGUGUCGGACCAUCUCUAUUCGGCAGAAAGGUUUACUUAUAUUGUAAUUAUCCUUCUAAAACCAAUAACCAACUUAACGAAUUUAGACGAAACAAAUAUCAACAGUUGCAAUGGUGUGCUGAUGAAGGUUGCGAGAAUGCCGACGAUACCGGGUUUUACUCACAGAUAAAGGCGGAGCUAGCUGGUAGUUUCCAUUAUUUCUUCACUUAUGAGAAAGGUGAAAACUUAGAAAGACAAGGAUCUGGCUAUUUUCUUGUAGAUCCUGUCCUCAAAUACGGCAAUAACGAAGAUCUGCCCCUGGAUUGCAUCCAAUGCCAAACCGUUCUAGCGAAGUGUUUGGGAUCUUUCUCCACUUGGGAGAACAAACUGCAAGUAGCUAAAGAAUCUGGUUACAAUAUGAUUCAUUUUACUCCUAUUCAGGAAUUGGGCGAGUCUAACUCGUCGUAUAGUUUGAGUGAACAGUUGAAAUUAAAUCCAGUCUUCAAGAAGAGUGAUGGAAAGAUGCCGACGUUCGAAGAAGUGGAACAGUUUACCGCGAAGCUUAGAAAAGAUUGGAAGGUAACUUCUAUUUGCGAUAUUGUUCUAAACCACACUGCAAACGAGAGCAAAUGGAUUCAAGAACAUCCCGAAGUAACGUAUAACUGUGUUAACUGCCCCUAUAUGCGUCCCGCAUACUUACUAGAUGCUGCUUUUGAUUUCUUUUCCUCCGAAGUUAAAAGAGGAGUGUACGAGGACAGAGGUAUACCACCAGAUGUUACCAGCGAAGACCAUCUCAAUGCUAUUCGCUAUCACUUCCGCGCCAGCAUUUUGGAUGAACUGAAAAUUCACGAGCUGUUUACUUGUGAUACCAAAAAGCUCAUAGCAAAUUUCUUAUCUUUAGCCCGUUCAGGUCAGCCGAAUCCUCCAAAAUCUCCAGAUUCCAAGCCCGAAACUGAGGAACUGAAGCUCAUCCAAGAUCCCGAAUACAGACGUUUAGAAACUUCCGUGGACAUGAAACUAGCUCUUAAAUUAUACAACAUUUACUGGAGCGACACAUUUGACGAAGAUUCCAGGCUUAAAAAGUGCGCUGAGCAGUUGAAGAACAAACUAGACGAACUGAACAACCGGGUCAUCGACGAAGUCAACGAUCAUUUAAGUGCUGCGAUUGAAAACGUUAUCGCCGGGAUUAGAUACUACAGAAUUCAACACGACGGGCCUAAAUUCAAAGACAUUACGAUUAAAACUCCUUUGGUGUAUCGCUACUUCACCGAUUAUGGAAGUCCGAAGACAUUGAAAGAAUUCGAAGACAUAAUGUACAGCGAUAAGGGCAGGUUUUUGAUGGCGCACAAUGGAUGGGUGAUGGAGUCUGAUCCUUUAAGAAACUUUGCUGCUCCAGACACAAAGGUAUAUAUUAGGCGUGAAUUGAUUGCUUGGGGUGACAGCGUCAAAUUAAGGUUCGGCGAUAAACCCGAAGAUUGUCCUUUCUUGUGGGAUCACAUGAAGAAGUAUGUGGAAGAAACCGCCAGGAUAUUUGAUGGUGUCCGCUUGGAUAAUUGUCACUCAACUCCAAUCCCCGUUGCCGAAUAUUUGUUGGACUGUGCCAGAAGAGUCAGACCCGAUCUUUACGUAGUAGCUGAAUUAUUUACCAAUUCCGAUAUGACUGACAAUAUCUUCGUGAAUAGAUUGGGAAUAACGUCUCUCAUCCGUGAAGCAAUGUCAGCGUGGGAUUCCCACGAAGAGGGCCGUUUAGUUUACCGCUACGGUGGCUCCCCCGUGGGAUCUUUUUAUCAACCUAACGUGCGUCCUCUUGUACCGUCAGUAGCACAUGCUUUGUUCCUCGACCAAACUCAUGACAAUCCUAGUCCAGUUGAGAAACGAUCAGUAUUCGAUCUGCUGCCCAGUACUGCAUUAAUCAACAUGGCUUGCUGUGCUAGUGGAUCAAACAGAGGCUACGACGAGUUGGUUCCUCAUCAUAUUCACGUAGUUGAUGAAGAUAGGGAGUAUACAGAAUGGACUGCCACUGAUAAUUUGUCUGUGGGCAACUUGCGUUAUGUUACUCAUAAGUGUGGUAUCCUCAAAGCCAAGAAAGCAAUAAACGAUUUACAUUUUCUUCUUGGAAAACAAGGAUUUAACCAGGUAUAUGUGGACCAGAUGGAUGCUGAUAUAGUAGCUGUGACUAGACACUGUCCCGUUACCCAUCAAAGCUAUAUUUUGGUAGCUUUUACAGCAUUUGGACAUCCAAAUGAGGAUGCAGGAGAGCACCAGAGAGGAAUAAAACCUUUAAGAUUCGAGGGAAAUCUAGACGAAAUCGUCUUGGAGGCUACUUUGAGUCACGUAAAGCACAAAUCCGGUGGUUCUAAAUAUACCAAAUGGCAUCCAUUUAUCAAGGAUUGCAAAUGGAUCAACGGUCUUCCUGACUACCAAGUAUGUGUGAAAGAGCACAUUCAAGUUCCGGACUCCGAUAUAUUUGAAAAAGUCGACUCGGGAACGAAGAACGUCACUCAACUGAACUUCAAAAACUUCAAACCAGGCUCUGUAGUUGUUAUUAAAUCUUCACUGCCAGAACCAAUGCGUGCUGCUAUAAAGACCGUCAGGACCUUAAUCAGUUCUAUUUCACUGGCUAAACCCACCGAACUAGCCACCAUAGUUAACAAAAUGACGUUAGCUGAUAUGAAUAGAGCCUUGUACAGAUGCGGCCAAGAAGAACGCGACGAAGGAUUUGGUUUCGAUACAUACAACAUUCCCAGCUUUGGUUCGAUGGUGUAUGCCGGAUUACAAGGUUUCAUGUCGUUACUUGCAAAUAUAAGACCGAAUAAUGACCUUGGUCAUCCGAUGUGUGCUAAUCUGAGAGAUGGUAACUGGAUGAUAGAAUUUAUUUGGAAAAGGCUCAAACUGGACCCUGGCACCAAAGAACUAGGGGAUUGGAUCGAACGCAAUACCAAGAGUUUUGAAAACAUUCCAAGAUACUUGGUACCUUGUUAUUUCGACAUCGUUGUCACGGGUCUUUAUCUGGUUCUCCUUGAAAAAACCCAUAAACUAAUGUCCAAUUUCGUCAAAAAUGGCUCAACGUUCGUGAGAGGCCUGGCUCUAGGAUCGGUACAAUUCGGUGCUUAUAUUAAGUCCGCCGAUUUGCCGACAUUAUCACCGAAUUUAGCACCUCCGAAACCGCCAUCUAGAAAAAUUGACAACGACACUGUUCAAGCUUGUGUGACCUUAUCAGCAGGUUUGCCACAUUUCUCAGUCGGUUACAUGAGAAAUUGGGGAAGAGACACAUUCAUCGCCUUGAGAGGACUCUUUAUUUUAACGGGGCGUUAUCAAGAAGCUAGGGAACACAUUCUAGGUUACGCUGCUUGUAUGAGACACGGUCUAAUCCCCAAUUUGUUAGAUGGUGGACGAAACUCAAGAUUCAAUUGCAGAGACGCCAUCUGGUGGUGGUUAUACUGUAUUAAAGAAUACGUCAACGAAGCUCCCGAAGGAAUCAAAAUUCUUUCAGACAAGGUUUCCAGGAUAUUCCCCACGGACGACGCCACGAAUCAACCUCCAGGAGCCGUAGAUCAACCUUUAUAUGACGUUAUUCAAGAAGGACUCAAAAUACAUUUCCAAGGACUCGCUUUCAGAGAAAGAAAUGCGGGAAGACAAAUCGACGAGCACAUGGUAGAUGCAGGUUUUAAUAAUCAGAUUGGAGUUCAUCCAGAAACAGGUUUCGUCUUUGGCGGUAAUAAAUGGAACUGCGGCACCUGGAUGGACAAAAUGGGAUCAUCCGACAAAGCCGGAAACCGCGGAAAACCAGCCACUCCAAGAGAUGGCUCCGCGGUUGAACUUAUCGGACUGUCAAAAUCGGUCAUCUCCUGGUUAGCCAAAUUGAGCGAAGACAACAAAUACCCUUACAAGGGAGUAGAAAGGGUGUCCAAGAGCGGCACAAAGACCAACUGGACGUUUAAGGAAUGGGCUCUAAAGAUACAGAACAAUUUUGAAAAACACUUCUGGGUUAAUUCCAAACCGACAGAUGGAGAAAUUCGACCCGAUUUAGUAAACAAGAGAGGCAUUUACAAGGACUCUCAUGGCUCAAGCUUAGAGUAUACCGAUUUCCAAUUGAGAUGCAACUUCCCUGUCGCCAUGGUUGCGGCACCAGAACUGUUCACUCCAAGCCGUGCUUGGGAAGCUCUGAUACAAGCAGAGAAAUAUCUAUUAGGUCCUUUAGGAAUGAAAACACUCGAUCCUGAAGAUUGGGCAUACAAAGGUGACUAUGACAAUUCCAAUCAAUCAGAAGAUCCUUCAGUUUCACAUGGAUUUAACUAUCAUCAAGGCCCCGAAUGGGUAUGGCCUAUUGGGUUCUUCCUUCGAGCCAAACUCAUUUUUGCCGCACAAAAUGGAGCGUUGAGAGAAACAGUCGCUAGUACGAAACUGAUCCUUUCGAAACACUUCGUCGAAUUACAGACUUCUGAUUGGCGAGGUCUGCCGGAAUUGACGAAUAAAGAUGGUGCCUAUUGCAACGAUAGUUCAAGGACUCAAGCGUGGAGCAUGUCUUGCGUUCUUGAGGUCCUUCAUGAUUUAAAGAAAAUUGAGUCCAGUAUAGACCUACUAGGCAACUGACUUACCAGUACCUUAGACACUAAGACAAAUAAUAGCGUUACACAAAAACAUACAUACAACAAAACCAUACGAAGCGAAUUAGUUGAGAACAAAAAACUUUUGUCGCCGAAAUUUUGUAGAAUAUUGAGACGGCAAAAGAUUUACACCGAAAUCGAAGAAAUCAAAAUAAUGAACCACUCAGACGAUCAAAAUUCUUCCAGUGAAAUAUUAAGUUCUUCCAUUUUUAGUGAUACGUUUCUGCCAUACAGCGACCUCUAUUUUAAGCAUAAUCAAACAUUGCCUAACGCGGUUGUAAGUUUAAAUAAGUUUAUACAGAGUGAUAAUUUAUUAUUAAGCAACGAUUCUCUCAUUUGUUCGUCUAAUUUUGUGCCUUUUUACCAAGAGGUUCCCAAAUAUUGCAUAGGAAUAUUAGACAGCAAACACGGACAUUUGACAUAUAAGGAAUUAAAAUGUUCUUAUGAUCCUAGUAGUUACGAUGCAUACGUUCCUAUAUUUUUAUCUCUUCCUACCAAUAAUCACUUCAAAUCUUUUACAAAUAAUUACAUAUCUCGCCGUACAAUGGGUCUGUCGAAGAAACGAAGACCGACAGUGCAGAACUUGGAUGAAAUCAUCCCGAUGAUGGACGAAAUGUACCGAAACAUCGAACACAGUCCGCGCCAGCACGAACCGGAGCCGUAUUUGGAACGGAACGUUCUGUUACUGGACCCGUUAUUGCUCGAUUUGAACGAGCGAAGAACCAAGCUGCAGAUCAGUCGUUCGGAACACAAGAAGAUUGUACGCAUCACUAUAAUGUACGUUUUAGCUUUCUUUGCACUUGCACUGGUGACGUUCUUUAGUUUGUAUUUACUCUAAGAUCUGAUAAUAAGAGACUGCUUACGUGCCAUUAGUUGUUAAAGAUAUUUAUUUUUAUGUUAAAUUUGUUUUUAAGUGCUGUUAAAUUUUAUGUACACUGUUUACUUUUAUGGAUGUAUUGUUAAAUUAUAUUUAAAUUAUACAUUACUGAAGUCAA